AUGUGCGAACCACCAACAUGGAUGUUGCGAGACUUCGUGAUCCAACACAUCUCUGAUUUGCCGCAUUCGGAGAACAUCAGGACUGCUAUGGAACUGGCAUACCAACAUCCAAACUUGAAGGAAUUCAACAAGGCUCCAACGCUGAAAUUUUAUUCAGACUAUCCUAACUAUUCUGUAAAGUCAUUAUACCAGACACCAGACCAGAUACCAGACACCAGAACCAGAUACCAGAUACGAGAUCCAGAUACCAGAUACCAGAUACCAGACACCAGACACCAGACACCAGAUACCAGAUACCAGACACCAGACACCAGAUACCAGAUACCAGACAUCAGAUACCAGACACCAGAUACCAGAUACAGAUACCAAUACCAGAUACCAGAUACCAGACCAGACACCAGAUACCAGAUACCAAACACCAGAUCAGAUACCAGAUACCAGAUACCAGAUACCAGCCACCAGAUACCAGAUACCAGACACCAGAACCAGAUACCAGAUAGAGAUAACAGAUACCAAAUACCAGAUACCAGACACCAGAUACCAGACACAGAUACCAGACACCAUACCAGACACCAGAUACCAGAUCAGAUACCAGACACCAGAUACCAGAUACCAACACCAGAUACCAGAUACCAGAUACCAGAUACCAGAUACCAGAUACCAGAUACCAGACCAGACACCAGAUACCAGACACCAGACACCAGAUACCAGACACCAGAACCAGUACCAGAUAAAGAGAUACAGAUACCAAUACCAGACACCAGACACCAGAUACCAGAUACCAGACACCAGACACCAGAUACCAGAUACCAGACAUCAGAUACCAGAACCAAACCAGAUACAGAUACAGAUACCAGAUACCAGAUACCAGACACCAGAUACCAGAUACCAGACACCAGAUACCAGAUCCAGAUACCAGAUCAAAGAUGCCAAAGGAUAAAAAAUGAUUAG